AUGACAGAAGAGAUUUCAAUUACUUUUGAUGAGUAGAACAAAAUUAGAGUGUUGGAUGCUGAGAAGUACAGAGAGACAGAGCAGUUGAAGAUAGAGAGCAUGGAUUUUAUCAAGAAGGUGCUUGCUUUGGACGAGGUGGUUCAAAAUUUGAAUGAGACACUGGAGGAAUAUUCAAAAAAAAUAGAGAUUGAGAAGUUGAGAGCAAUAGGAGAGCGUAAUAAAGUGGAAACAGAAUAGGAAAAUAGAAAGAAGAAGUUGAUGGAGUUAUCAAAUAUUUUGAAUGAAAGAAAGGCUGAAUUGGACAGAUAUUAGAUCGAACUGGAUAGUCUGUAGAAGGUGGAAUAGGACCAAAGAAUUUUGAUAGAGAAACUAAGCAAUAAUGAAGCAUGA